AUGCCGGACCUGGUGAUGAUCCACGGCCUCCUGGGCUGGGCGGAGUCGGAAAGACCACUCUUCGGUUGGAUGCCCGACUACUUCCCCCUGACCUUUAUCAGACAGCAAUGGACUGAAGGAGACGUCGUUGCCGUGGAAUUAGGUGCGGCAAGCUCGGACCAUGACCGAGCCUGUGAGGCCUUUGCACAUCUGAUGGGUCUGCAAGUUGAUUACGGUGAGGAGCAUUCCCGACAUUGUUGCCACGCCCGAUUUGGCAUGGACUUCCGCGGCAAAGGGCUCUUGAAACGCUGGGAUGCUCAAAACCCCGUGCAUUUGAUUGGUCACAGCUUUGGUGGCAACACCGCAGUGGCUCUGUACAAUAUGAUUGCUGAAGACUACUGGGGCCUUGGCACAGGAUCCGACUGGGUGGCUUCAGUGUCUGCCGUUUGCUCGCCGUUAAGAGGAUGCAGCUUGCCAUUUUUACUGGGCCUGGUGGAGGUCACGGAUCAGGAGGGCUGCACCAGACACACGGUGGAGCCUGGCUCCUUCACCCAUGGCAUGGUCGCAUCCUGCUGUCUGAUUAUCAAAGCACAAGAUCGCUGGCCCUCAGUGUUCAAGCGCUUGUUUAAUUUCAAAUCGGAGCAGUGGGCCGAGCACAACACCUGGAGCAAUUUGGUUUCUGCCCGACAUCCCUACGUCCUCUCAGGGGACAACAUGAUGAGCGAGAUCGCGCCCCGCACGCGACGCCGUGCGUUGCGUGGUCGCAUGGAAAAUCUGAGUAAAACCUACCUCAUCGCCAUCACUAGCGAUGCCUUGGCGCCUUUAUCGCCACAGCAGCUGCUGCGACGUUUGAUCUUUUCAGCGGCGGCUCUUUCGGGGCUCAGUAUGUCUGCUUUGAUCUUGGCCUUCCAACGCCGUGCGAGUCUGUUACGGCUGUGGGAUUCUUUGAAGGCGCGGUCAUGGCAUCGAUUGGCCUUGCCAAGCCUUGGUGUGCUGUCAGGGCUCCUUCUCUUGACUAGGAAGUGCCAUCGAAGCCUCUAUGAGCAACUUCUUUUGUUGGUUCGACCAAUCAUGUACAGCUAUUUCCUGCGGCCCUAUUUGCGAUUGAGCUCUUACUCAGUGCAUCGUGCAGCCAAGGAGCUGUCACCGAAGAGUGCACUGGUGGCUUCAGAUGCUGAGCAAGGCGCCAAUGAUGGGCUCAUUGACGUCAUCGCCCAGCGCUGUUUGGAUUGCCCGCGUCUCACGCGGCAGCAGCAGCCCGGAGGUCGCCAGAGUCGCUCGCAGAUGCACGUGCCGGCGGCCCGGGUUCACGCCUUGGCGCGGGCCUAUAGCUAUGGCCAUGUGGACAAUGGCGAGGAAGAAAAACCAUUGCAGCGUGGCAGGUGGCAUGAGCUUCAUGUGCCAGACUCUGAUCAUUGCCUUGGCACCUGGUUUGAUCAACGCAGUGAGAAGAUGUACGAGAACCUGUUCAAGAUCCUGCGAAAGAGGCUGCACUGA